AACACUAACAAGGUAUUCUCAGAGAAGGAGGGAGAAGGGAACUGGGGAGGCUAUGAAAUCAGGCAUCUUAGAUGAAAAAUGACAAGGCCAGGGAGACAGCAGCCAGGAGUUCGGCAUCGUGUCACCCAGGAGCCCUAGAGACCUCCACCCCAACCUACCUGCACAGAUCACCCCGAGCUCAGAGCCCCCAACCAAGCCAAGGAUGCCUGGAGAAGCAGAGGCUGAGACCCCAGCCUGCAAGCCAGAGGAAAAGGCUGCAGAGCCUGACGAGGUGCCCAACCCAGAACCAAGUCAGGCAGAAGCAGUCCCAGAACCCGCAGGUGGGGAGACAGUGACAGAACCCAGAGAACCAGCCUCAGAGGAACCCAGCCCAGGACCCCCUGCCGUCUCCAAGCCCCCACCGCCAAGCAAAGAUCUCCCCAGCUGCCCAUUGCUGCUGACCGUGGAGGAUGUGACCGACAGCUCAGUGACUGUGAGCUGGGAACCCCCAGAAAGCCUGGGACGGCUGGGGAUAAAGGGUUACAUGCUGGAGUAUUGUCUAGAGGGAGCCUCAGAGUGGGUACCAGCAAGUGCACAGCCCAUGAUGGUCACCCAGCACACUCUGCGAAACCUGGCGAUAGGAAACAAGCUCUUCCUUCGAGUCGCCGCCGUGAGCCCAGAAGGUGCUGGCCCUGCUGCUGUCUUGGACCAGCCUGUCCACAUCAAGGAGUUCAUCGAGGCCCCCAAGAUUCGAGUCCCUCGCUACCUGAGACAGACCUACAUCCGAAAGGUUGGGGAAGUCAUCAACCUCCAGAUCCCUUUCCAAGGUAAGCCCAAGCCUCAGGUCAGUUGGACCCAUAAUGGCCGUGCCCUGGACACCCAACGUGUGAAUGUGCGGAACGGGGAACAAGAUUCCAUCCUUUUCAUCCGCUCAGCCCAGAGGAUUGAUUCAGGCCACUACGAGCUCAGCGUUCGCCUGGAAGACCUAGAGGCCAAGGCUGCGAUUGACAUCUUGGUGAUCGAGAGACCCGGGCCCCCCAAAAGCAUCAAGCUGUUGGAUGUGUGGGGCUUCAAUGCUGCUCUGGAGUGGACGCCCCCAGGGGACACCGGCAACACAGAGUUACUGGGCUACACGGUGCAAAAGGCAGAUCAGAAGACAGGGCAAUGGUUCACAGUGUUUGAGCGUUGCCACCGGACAACUUGUACAGUGUCUGACCUCAUCAUUGGGAAUUCCUACUCCUUCCGGGUCUUCUCAGAAAACCAAUGUGGCCUGAGUGCCACAGCUCCUGUUACUGCUGAGCUCGCCCACAUCCAGAAGGCCGAUACUGUCAGCAAGAGAGAAGGAGUGCCAGAGAGAGACUUCUCAGAGGCCCCCAAGUUUACCCACCCCCUGGCAGACCACACGACCACCCCCGGUUACAGCACCCAGCUGUUCUGCUCUGUUCGAGCCACCCCCAAGCCCAAGAUCAUCUGGAUGAAAAACAAGAUGGACAUACAGGGUAACCCCAAAUACCGGGCCCUCAGCGAGCAUGGUGUCUGCUCCCUGGAGAUCCGGAAGCCCAGCCCUUUUGAUGCCGGUGUUUACACCUGCAAAGCUGUCAAUGCCCUGGGUGAGGCAUCCGUGGACUGUCGGCUGGACGUGAAAGGUGAAGGAUUCAGUGAGGAAUGAUGGGGGUGGGAGCAGACCCCCACUGUAGAUGUUAAAGUGGGUGCAGGUCUUUUUUUUUUUAGUGGGGGGGAGGGUCCUAUUCCAUCACAUUUAAGUUGAAUCGAGCUAGGUAGGCUCUAAGAACAUCUCUGGAGAAAAUUAGAACAAUGAUGGACAACAGUGGGAGAAACCAAGGUCAGACCUUAGAAAGGACUUUCCACACCGGGAAAAUAUGAGAUGGGAGGGUCAGGUGUCAACGUAAGGUUGUGGGCCCCUUCCUCUCUGUAGACAUUGGACAAGCCCAGAGGAAAAAGGGAGAUGGCCUCUUUGGGGGUAUACAGGAGCUCAAGGAGGUGACACACAUCCCCCAGAGGGCUUCUAGCCUACAGGCCUCUGACAGGGGGGAAAUCUCUUACAGCUUCUGCCACACACUGAAGAACCCCAGAAGCUUCAAACUGGAAAGGUAAGUUAAGGUCUCAGGGCUUUUAGUGACGUAAUGGGCUGAAGAGUACUGUGGGAUAGAGAAAUCCAGAGAUCAGCAGGACUGGGGCGGGAAGGAGAAGUGAAGACAGAGAGAGGGCUUAUCACUAAGGAACAUGGGGAAUCUAAUCAUGGGUAGAACCAGACUGAGGUUGGGGAUGGGGGGUGGGGGGUGGGGAGAGGACUGGCUAAGGUUGCUCCAUGGAGAGAUAUAGGCCC